AUGACGAAACUUUACCAGCCCAAUCAGGACUGGCCCGCUUGCACGCUCAGCUAUCGCCACUUUCAUCUACUCUGGACGCUGCCGCUCUGUGCCGUGCUCUUCCUCAUCGCAAGACCGUUCCUCACCAAGCUCGAUCGCGCCAAACUCAUCCUGCUUCCCAUCAUCGCCUUCGUUUGGACGACGCCAUGGGACAAUCUCAUCGUCAUGAACCGCGCAUGGUUCUACCAUCGCCACUGCAUCUGGUUCACCAUCGGCUACGUGCCCAUUGAGGAAUACUUCUUCUUCAUCAUCCAGAGCCUUAUCUCAACCCUCUGGUGCACUCUUCUCACGCGAUGGACCCUGCCGAGCCUCUACAUCGCGCCCACCUCGUCUUCGCGACAAAAGCUGGCUACACCGGCUCUCGUCGCCUGCCUACUCUGCUUCGUGCUCGGCCUCAAGGUCGCCGUGCCCGAGACGCAUUCGUACUACUUUGGCAUGAUCUCCUGGUGGGCCUCGUUACCGCUUGCACUUCUUCUCUGGGGAUCGGUCGACUUUGUUCGCAACAUGGGCAUCCGAGCUGGACUGCUACCCUUUGCUUUCUCGGUGCUCGUCCCUACUGUCUAUCUGUGGGCCUCGGAUGUCUACGCUCUGCGUCGAGGGACAUGGCACAUCAACGAAGCAACCUCGCUCAACAUCUUUCCCAUCCCGGAUCUUCCGCUCGAAGAGAUGCUCUUCUUCCUCGUCACCAACCUCAUCCUUGUCAGCGCUUGCUUCACUUUCGACCGCUGUGUAGCCAUCUGCAGGCAAUCAGCACCCAUCGAUGCCCCUCCUUUGUCGCCCAGCUACCUGCCACUCGGGUCCUUGGCCACGUACAGCAAGCUUUGGUCCGCCUUCGUCUCCUCAGACCAUCAAGCGGCACAGACCGCUGUCACGUCGGCGAGCGUAGCGCCACAUGAUCUUUCAGCCUCGCUCAAGGUGCUGCGCGCCGCUUCCAAGUCCUUCAACGCCGCCAGCCUGCUCCUCCCCUGGGACCUUCGCACCGAUCUCGGCUGCCUCUACGCUUUCUGCAGGGUUGCGGAUGAUCUAGUAGACGAUGAAGCGGAAGGGCUGGACGCCAAGACAAGGAAUCUACACAUCAUCCGCUCUAUCGUGGACAGCAUCUACACCGACUCCAAGCUCGGUCGCAAGCAAGCAGAGGACGCCCCUGUCAGCGAACGAAUCAGUCUCAUGCUCGCAUCGGCUGCGCUCUCGGACAAGAUCAAGCAAGACAUCUGUGCAGCCGCAGCAUCAAUAGCACCGCUCGCGCGGUAUAUCCCGAAACGACUCUGGUACGAAAUGCUGGAUGGAUACGGCACGGAUCUGCGCUUCGAGCAUCCCGACGCGGACAAGCGGACACGGUUGCGGAGCAUGGAUGAUCUGGUCGAGUACUCUCAGUGUGUAGCUGGCGUGGUAGGCGAGAUGUGCACGCGUGUCAUUCUUGGCCGAUGUGGCCUGUUGGUGCCGUUAGACCUGCAGGUCGAUAGGAGGAUAGCGCUGCAGACGACAAAAGCGACGGAGCAGGAGUCAAGGCCAUUGGAUCUCACCCAGCCAGCCGACCUGCACACGUUGCUCUACGAAGCAAGAAGAAUGGGCGUCAGUCUGCAGCUCGUCAACAUCGCUCGCGACAUUGUGCCGGACUCGGUCGAGUUGCGGCGCUGCUACCUCCCCUCUGACAUGUUCGACAAAGACGACGCAGACAUGCACGAAGCCCUGUUGAACGGCGAUCUCAACACCUCCAAGACCCAAAGCAAAGGUCUUGUGCAACCGGCAGAGGUGCGCAAGUACGCCCUUCGACUGCUGCAAAUCUCACGGCGACUCUACGACCAAUCCUAUCCCGCGCUGGGUCAGAUACCCAACCGUCCCGCACGCGCAGGUCUCAAAGCCGCCUGCUCCGUCUACGCCGCCAUCGGCACCAAGAUCGAGGCGCAGUCCGAGGCCGAGAUCGCGCUGGGGACGAGAGCGCGCAUGUCAAACACCGAUCGCAUUCUCAGGGCUAUCUCGGCUGUGUACUUUGGCGUCUGA